AUGGAGUCUCUUAUAUCAACAAUAUUUUCCCUCCUCCUUCUCUUCGGUUCAACAUUGGGGGGACGGUACAAAGCAACGAAAAACGCUUUGGAAAACGAUGUUUCAAGUACCAUCAUAGUCGAUAAGAGCGGUCGAGGAAAUUUUACCACAGUGCAACAAGCCAUCGAUUCUGUACCACCAAAUAACUCUCUGUGGAUUCGUAUCCUUCUUAAACCUGAUGUGUAUACGGAAAAAGUUAUGAUUCCAAAGGAGAAACCAUACAUCGUUCUUGAAGGAGACCCUAAAUUUCCCGCUACAAUCGAAUACGGAGAUGCAGGCAGUGUCAUUGGCAGUCCUACAUUCAAGUUGUUCGCAGAUAAUUUUGUGGCGCGAAGUAUAAUAUUCAAGAAUUCAUAUGACCAUCUUAUCUUGCCGGAUCCGAAUGGAAGCAAAACUACGUGGGCGCCUGCAAUCUUAAUCUCUGCAGACAAAGCAAGUUUUCACCACUGCAGUUUUAUUAGCUUGCAAGAUACAUUGACUGAUGAUGGUGGCCGUCACUAUUUUUACGAUUGCUUUAUUGAAGGGGCUAUAGACUUCAUUUGGGGCAAUGGCCAGUCAAUCUAUAAGAAAUGCCAGAUAUUUUCGAUAACAGAUCGAAUAGGGUUUACUGGUUUUAUUACAGCACAAGGCCGUAGAGCCGCAAACGAAACAACUGGUUUUGUGUUCAAAGAUUGCUAUGUAAACGGAACAGGUACUACAUUUUUAGGAAGACCGUGGAGACCUUAUUCGAGAGUAUUGUUUGCCUCCACCUUCAUGGAAAAUAUCAUCACCCCUGAGGGUUGGUCCCCAUGGCCGCCUGCUCCUGUGGAUUCGGUUGCAUUCUCGGAGGCAAAUUGUCAAGGGCCUGGAGCCAAUUUGUCGGGUCGUGUCCCAUGGGAGAAGAAGCUAUCAGAUGAAGAAGUGGCAUAUUUCACAAAUCCAGCUUCUUUCAUAGACCAAGAAGGAUGGUUGAGAAGUCAACCAAAUUAAGCCCUU